GCAGGGGCAUGCGCAGCGAGACUGCGGGCGCUUGGGGGCAGCCCUGGCGGGUCCUCAAAGUUUGACGGUGUUAGCUUUCAGUUUUCUCGCUGGUUUACGGAAAGGCAGCUUCAAGGAAAGGAGACAAGAUUCUGGCUCGGGAAGCACGCGUUUGGAGAGAGCCCUCCGGCCUGCGGAACCCGCGGUCUGAAACCGCGGAGACUGCCUUAGCCGCGGACUCACCUCCUCCGACGGGUAGAGCGGACACCCUUCCGGAGGUGGGAGACGAGGGCCCGGCCUCCGAGAGCCCCUCUGAAGAUGACCCAAGACCAACCUCUGCUUGCGGUGCAGGAGGCCCUGAAGCAGUGCUUCCCGGUGGUGGAGGAGCAGCAGGGCCUGUGGCAGAGUGCGCUAAGCGACUGCCAGCCCCUCCUGCUGUCCCUCAGCAACCUGGCAGAGCAGCUGCAGGCGGCCCAGAAUCUGCGGUUUGAGGACGUGCCACCACUUCGGGCCUUCCCAGACUUAAAGGAGCGGCUGAGGCGCAAGCAGCUGUGGGCUGGCGACACUGUCUUGGACAAGUUAGAGGAGAGGCUAACCGCCCUCCUCAAGGUGCGUGACACCGUCAGCAGCCACGUGGAGCGAGUGCUUCAGACCUAUGAGCAGCAUGCAGACACGAUUGGCAUGGAUGGUGUCCUCCAGGCUUCGGUUGUGAGCCCUUCGGUGGCUGACAUGUUGGAAUGGUUGCAAGAUAUUGAGAGACAUUAUCGAAAUUCUUACCUGAAGAGAAAGUGCCUCCUGUCCUCCAUCCAGUGGGGAGACUUGGCCAACAUCCAAGCUUUGCCCAAGGCCUGGGACCGGAUUUCAGAAGAUGAACACCAAACCCUUGUACAAGGUACUGGUUUUCAUUUAUGCCUUCAUGUCUGCUUUCUUUCUCUGUGUCUCUCUGUCUUACAGAGAUGCCCUUGCAGUGCCUCCAUAUUUUUUAUAAAUCUGAUGCCACAGUUUUUCUCUCUUCCUAUUCCAGAUACCCUACUGAAUGUUUCCUUCUUCUUGGAAGAGUAAGGAAGUGGUGUGUUUAUCAGCAUACUAGUGAGACACGGUUGAAGGCUGAUACUGGUGCAUUCUGGUAUUUCUAAAGAAAUGUCAAUAUUGUAACCUAACAUACUUGAAAGAUUAGUGCCUGGGGCCGGAGGAGUAGCCCUUGGGAGGGUUGUGUUAGAUGUUUCUAAUGUUGCGGCCUCCCUCUGCUCUGUCAUGGUUGAAAGUACGUGGACACCCCUUGCCCUUUUCUAGGCUCGGGAAUGGAUGAUGGAGGCAGAGAGAAUGCAGGAAAGGCAGUGCAAGAGAACACUGGGGGCAGGAGCCACAGCCACAGAUGUGGUAGGGAAGGAAAGGACGGGGGAGAGGGUGGCAUCCCUCUGAGCAUCAUCCAAAGCUCUGAGCUUGGUUGACACCCGGCCCUGUUAUGUGUAUUUGUAUCAGUGCCUGAUUCCCUGACGCAAGAUGAUUCUUCUUGAUGAUUUAAAGAAAUAAGGGUGAUAUUGAUGGAAGACAGUACAGAUCUUCCUCGACCUAUAAUGGUGUUACAUCUUGAUAAUGUCAUCAUGUAAGUUGAAAAUAUCGUGAGUCAAAAAUGCAUUUAAUACACCUACCCUACCAAAUGUCAUAGCUCAGCCUAGCCUGCCUUAAAUGUGCCCUGAACACUCACAUUAGCCUACAGUUGGGUAAAAUCAUUGAAUACCAAGCCUGUUGUACCAUAAAGUGUUGAAUAUCUCGUGUAAUUGAUUGCAAAACAGAAGGGUGGUAUGGGCACGGAGUGGCUGUAUAAGUUGUGUACCCUUGUGAACUUGGGGCUGACCGUAAGCUGGGGCUUGCUGCUGUCACCCGGUGUCACAAGAGAGGAUCGGACCGCGUAUUGCCAGUCCGAGAAAAGAUCCAAAUUCAAAAUCUGAAGUACGGUUUCCAGUGGACACGUAUUGCUUUUGCACCAUCGUAAAGUUUGAAAACUCGUAAGUCAGAGUCGUCUAUCAUUGUCCAGCUGCUUUAGCUCCUCGUCGUCAUUCAGUUUCCGGAGUCCGCCACCAGGGGGAGGUGGCGCAGCGUGAAUCAUUCUCAGUGCUUUGUCUUCGAUGGUGUUCCUCUGUUCCCUGUCUGAGAGUUAAGUAACUGGGCAUAGUAAGACUGCUAAAAUGAUGGGGGUUUUUUUCUGACCAAAGCUGGCACCUGAUUUUCCACAUCCCUCUGAUCUUGGAGUAGCUGCACGGUGGGAGAAGAGCGCCCAGAAUCAGGCCAUCAGCGUUAUUUCUGAAGCCCAGUGCCUUCAUCUGUGAAAUGGUUGGGUACUUCCAGACCUGUCAGCUUCCUAGGCUGUGGGAAAAUCUGGGUCACUGGAUGUAGAGAGGCUUAAUAAAGAGUGUAGAUAUUUUUAAAAUGAA